AUGGGGCUUCCCGCCACGGUUUGCCCUCCCAGGGUAGCGUGUGAGAUGGCGCGGCCAGCAGCGUGCAAGGUGGCGUGUGCACAGAGGGCGCUGGUGCGACCACGGGCGGUCGAGGUGCCGGCGAGGAGACGCGCCGCGGUGGCGCGUGCACAGAGCGGGGGAGGCGACACGGGCUCCGAGGUCGGGGAGAAGCUGCGCGAGGCCGCGGGCCAAAAGGACCUGAAGGGAGCGCAGGCGUUCGCCAAGCCGCAACUCGGGCCCACAGGCGACGACGAGGUGGCCAAGCAGUACGCCGAGGGUCUCGCAGCCGGCAUCGACGAGGACGAGCUGGUCGCGCGCAUCAUGGGCGUCCCACCCAGCCAGAUGUCGACCGUUCAGGAGCAGUACAAGGACAAGAUCAAGGAGAACAUGCGGAAGCGCGUUGCGGCGCAGAAGCAGCGGGAGGCGGAGGCCCCCGGGACGCAGGAGUUCGUGAUAGCGCAGAAGCUGUACGAGCGCGGGCGGUACCCCGAGGCGGUCAAGAUGUUCGAGCGGGCGCUGGACGAGUCCGGGCCGUUCAACCGGCGCGGCGGCGACAUUCAGCUGUGGCUGGCGCUGGCGUACCAGGCGUGCGGGCGCGAGGCGGACUGCAUCCAGGUGUACAAGACGCUCGAGGACACGCACCCGAUCCGCGCGAUCAAGAAGCAGGCCGCGGAGCUCAGGUUCAUCAUGGAGGCUCCGAAGCUGCAGCUGGGCGAGGACGAGCGCGUGAAGAUUCCCGUGAUCAAGGACGCGGAGCGCAACAUGGGCCGGGGCGCGCGCGUGGUGACCCGCCGGCAGAUCCAGACGAGGGAGCGCCAGCGGCCCAAGCGGUGGGACGAGGAGUGGGCCGAGAACUACCGGCCACCCGUGUGGGCCACGAACCGGUACGUGUGGGCCGGGGUCGCCGCGGCCGCCACCGUGCUCGCGUAUGUUUCGGUGCAGCUUCGAUGA